CCAUUUUGCGAGCAGCGCCCGAAGGCGGCGGCGGCGGCGGCGGGAGCGGGGCCGACAGCGGUUUUAUUGAGCCGGCGGCGACCGCCCCUUCCCUGCCCCCCCCCUCCCCAAAUACCACCACCCCCCAACCACCGCCAUGGCCAGCAACGUGACCAACAAGACGGACCCGCGGUCCAUGAACUCGCGGGUGUUCAUCGGGAACCUCAACACGCUGGUGGUGAAGAAGAGCGACGUGGAGGCCAUCUUCUCCAAGUACGGCAAGAUCGUGGGCUGCUCGGUCCACAAAGGCUUCGCCUUCGUGCAGUACGUCAACGAGCGCAACGCCCGCGCCGCCGUGGCCGGGGAGGACGGGCGCAUGAUCGCGGGGCAGGUCCUGGAUAUCAACCUGGCGGCCGAGCCGAAGGUGAACCGGGGCAAGGCCGGGGUGAAGCGCUCGGCAGCUGAGCUCUAUGGGUCAGUACCUGCCCCACCUUCUCCGGCCCCUCUCGUCAGAUCCUCCUUCGACCUCGACUACGAUUUCCAGAGGGACUAUUAUGACAGGAUGUACAGCUACCCGGCGCGGGUGCCCCCCCCGCCCCCCAUCGCCCGGGCCGUGGUGCCCUCCAAGCGGCAGCGGGUCUCCGGCAACACCUCCCGGCGCGGCAAGAGCUUCAACAGCAAGAGCGGGCAGCGCGGCUCCUCCUCCAAGUCCUCCAAGGUGAAGGGCGACGACCUGCAGAGCAUCAAGAAGGAGCUGAGCCAGAUCAAGCAGAAGGUGGACGCGCUGCUGGAGAGCCUGGAGCGGCUCGAGAGGGAGCAGAAGCUGAAGAGCGAGAAGGCGGAGGAGGAGCUGUGCGGGGGCGGGGCCGGCGCCGGGGGCGGGGCCAAGAAGGACGAAGGCGCCGGCGGGGGGGGGAAGGGCGACGGCGACGAGUCCCCCGAGGAGGGAGACCUGGAGGAGGAGGAGCCCGAGGAGCGCGAGCACGAGCAGCUCGAGUCCCUGAAGGGCGACGAGAAGGAGGCGGAGGAGGGGGAGGACGAUCGCGACAGCGCCAACGGCGAGGACGACUCCUAAGCCCCGCCCCCUCCCACAAGCCCCGCCCCCUUCCCCCCCACAGGCCCCGCCCCCCGCCGUGGUCGUGGUGUCGUGACCCCGCCCCCUUUUGGCCCCCUCCGAGCCACGCCCCACUCCUGCGCCCCCAUAGGUCGGUUUAGCCCCCGCCCCUCAUGACGUCAGUUGGCCCCGCCCCCCCUCCGUCCUUGCUCCUGGCCACGCCCCCUUCGGUCCGACCCUUCCCCCCCCCCCCCCCCCGGUUGAUUUUGAUACCUUCGGGAUUGGCUGAUUAAAGGGUGGAACGUUUGUA